AUGCCUCCAAUGUAUCUAUCCGGAAAACUAUUCACGCUCGCUACAAUUUUAUUUUCCUUGAUUUCAGUUUUAAUUUAUUCCAGCAUUUUGCUAUCUAUUUUUUGGCUGAAAACCAUCGAAAAAGUUCCAGAACUUUCUUUAUUUUAUUGCUUUUUUAUUUAUGACAUAUUGUGCAGUUUUGCAAGUGAACUAAUACGAAAAAGAACUAAUUGGAAAAAAGUUAUUUCAGUGUUUCUAAAUGUCCUAAUUAUGUUUCUCUCCACAACUGAUGCUGUUCAAUUUUUCAUUGAUAACCGAAAUUUUGCAUUUUACAUUGUUUAUCCGGUUUAUUUAUUGGGCUCCAUGAGAGCUCUUCUGCUGCUGAUUAUCGAGUUGGAUAGGACAUUUGCUGUUUAUUUUCCACUAUCUUUUUUCAAAUAUCGAAACUUUAUACCAACAACUUUUUUAGUGGGGAUAACAAUAAUUUAUGCAUUUUUCGACAUCUCUGCAAUGUUCAUAUAUUGUGGAGAUUCCAUUGAUGUGCCACCUGGUUGUAUUAGUAUCAUGUGUGCUUUGAGCAUCUGCUAUAGAAAUUACUGGCUCAGUUAUGAGAAAGUCACUUACGCGUUGAACAUUGCGUUAUCUGGUUUGCUAUCAGUCAAACUAUUCGUGAUGAGACAUAAACAAGACAGGAAUGAAGAGUUGAAAAAAGUAAGUCUACUCGCCAAUCGUCUCGUAUUAAUCGACUUUUGCAUACUGAUUAUUUUCGAUAUCACCCCGCCACUGAUAGUGUCUUAUUUUCCCGGAUUCUAUCCUUACAUGGGUCCCGUAAAUGCGUUUUUCAAAACUGUUGGAUUCGUAAUCGAAGGAUGUCUUGUCUACAUUAACUUGAAUAAACGAUCGGAGAAACCCAAAACUGUGAACGUAGUUCCUUUAUCGACGACAAUCUUAAUAUAUUCCGGCCUUAUUCUAUCUAUUUUUUGGCUGAAAUCUAUCAAAAGAGUUUCCGAACUUUCUCUAUUUUAUUGUUUUUUUGUUUACAACAUAUUGUGCAGUUUCCCAAUAGGUAUCCCUUUUAUUUAUGCGCUUUUCGACCUCUCUGUAAUGUUCAUAUUCUGUGGAGAUUUCAUUGAUGUACCACCCGGAUGUGUGAGCGUUAUGUGUGCGUUUAGCCUCUGUUAUAAAAGCUACUGGCUCACUUUUGAGAAAACGCUUUAUGCUAUGAACAUUGCGUUAUCAGUGGGGAUCACUCUAACUUAUGCUCUUUUUGACCUGUCAACAAUGUUCAUAAUCUGUGGAGAUUCCAUUGAUGUACCACCUGGUUGUAUAAGUAUCCUGUGUGCUAUGAGUACAAGUUACAUAACUUACUUUAUGACUUAUGAGAAAGUGACUUACGCUUUGAACAUUGCGCUGACAGGUUUUCUAUCAAUCAAACUAUUUGUGAUGAGACAUAAACAAGACAAAAAUGCAGAGUUGAAAAGAGUCAAUCGUCUCGUAUUAAUCGAUUUUUGCAUAAUUAUCAUGUUUGAUAUCAGCCUGCCACUGAUAUUUUUAUGGUAUCCCGGAUACUGGCCCUAUACGGGUUCUGUUAAGGCGUUUUUUAAAACUACUGGAUUCGUAAUCAAAGGAUGUCUUGUUUAUCUUAACUUAAAACAAAUGUCGGAAAAGUCCAAGAAGUCAAUUUCGGUCAGCGUCGUUCCUUUAUCAAAGAUAAGCGUUAGUAAAUCAUCAUCAUUCUUAUAA